AUGGAAAGCGAGCCUGUUAGCGUCAAACUCGUCUUGGUUGGCGAUGGCGGUACGGGGAAGACAACCUUUGUAAAGCGUCAUUUGACUGGAGAAUUUGAGAAGAAGUACGUAGCCACGCUUGGCGUCGAGGUUCAUCCUUUGACUUUUCACACGAAUCGUGGUCAAAUUAAGUUCAAUGUGUGGGACACUGCCGGUCAGGAGAAAUUCGGUGGACUGCGUGAUGGAUACUACAUUCAGGGGCAGUGCGCAAUCAUCAUGUUCGAUGUUACCAGCCGCGUCACUUACAAGAAUGUGCCCAACUGGCACAGAGAUCUUGUUCGUGUUUGUGAGAAUAUUCCAAUCGUCCUUUGUGGCAACAAAGUUGAUAUUAAAGACAGGAAAGUGAAGGCCAAGUCCAUAACUUUCCACCGGAAGAAGAAUCUACAAUAUUACGAUAUCUCGGCCAAAUCAAAUUACAACUUCGAAAAACCCUUCCUCUGGCUUGCCCGCAAACUUAUCGGUGAUCCCAACCUUGAAUUCGUAGAGAUGCCGGCCCUGAAACCCCCAGAACUCCAGAUGGACGCUGCGCUCGCUGAGGCUUAUGAAAAAGAGAUUUGGUUGGCCGCCCAGGCACCACUGCCAGAUGAGGGUGACGAAGAUCUGUGA